AUGACGGACGCAACUCAAAACAGGAAGAGCAGGGGCCCAAACAACACAGACCCCUCACACAGGACGACCAGGGGCCCAAACAAAGGGGCAGCACAAGCUGACUUCGCUCCGUAUUUCUACGACAACGGACCCUACAUCCAGAAUGGAAACCUGGCUCUGUUCAGCCUCUCUGAGGACACAGCAGUCGGCACACACAUCUAUUCUCUCAACGGGACAGACCCCGAGGGCCAGGAGGUGAGAUACGGCCUUGCCUUUGACCCCGGCUCCAAACAAUACUUCAGAGUGGACCCGGUUUCUGGGAACAUUACUUUGGUGGAGAAGCUGGAUCGAGAGAAACAAGAUUCCAUCGAUGUUCUCGUCAGCGUCACUGAUGGAAGAAGCAAGGUGGUGGAACGAGUCACAGUGUUUGUGAUGGAUGCCAACGAUGAAAAACCAGAAUUCCAAAAUAUGCCGGCUAUUGUCAAUGUACUAGAAACUGCCCAGUCCGGAAGCAGCCUCUUCCAGGUCCAGGCACUGGACAGAGACACGGGCUCUGGGGGGUCCAUCAACUACUACCUCCAGGGGGCUCAGUCCAGUCUGUUCUCUAUAGACAGACAUAGUGGGGUCCUCCGCAUCCGAUCCGGAGAGACCCUGGACUACGAGAAAUCCAAAACACACUUUGUCACGGUGAUCGCCAAGGAUGGCGGGGGGGACUUCAAUGGCAGGGAGCAGUUCAUGUCGUCCUCCGCCUCGCUGACCAUCAACGUUGUGGACCAACAGGACACGCCCCCCUCCUUCAUCGGCACGCCCUACUUCGGGUUCGUCUACGAGGUCUCGUUGCCCGGCUCUGAGGUCUACAGGGUUUUGGCCAAAGACGGAGAUGCAGGGAACCCAAACCCUAUCGUUUACUCCAUGGACGACGGAGACGACGGUGUGUUUGGCAUCAACAAGACAAACGGCCGCAUCACGCUGCUCACUCAGCCCGGCAAUCUGAAGAGAGAGAUCUUUAACAUAAUUGUUCGGGCCUCAGAGGUGGGUGAGAAUGGCAAACUGCUGGAUUACGGGACGACCCCGGUGGUGAUCCGCGUGGUGGACCUGAACAACAACCCGCCCACCUUCUACGGGGAGCACGGCCCCCAGAACACCUUCCAGCUGACCAUGAACGAACACCCCCCCGAGGGAGAGAUCCUCAGGGGCCUGAAGAUCACCGUCAACGACUCGGAUCAGGGGGCUAAUGCUAAAUUCAACCUGCGGCUGAUUGGUCCGGGGAGAAUGCUGAGAGUCGUCCCACAGACGGUGCUCAACGAGGCCCAGGUGACCAUACUGGUGGACGACUCUUCCUCCAUGGACUACGAGAAAUACCAGUUCCUCACCUACAAGCUUCUGGCGGUGGAGAUCGACACACCAGAGAGGUUCAGCGCCACAGCCGACAUCAUCAUCCACCUGCUGGACACCAACGACAACGCUCCCAAGUUCUCCUCCGACUACUACAUAGCCAGGAUCCCCGAGAACUCCCCCGGAGGCUCCAACGUCGUCUCAGUGACUGCUACAGAUCCAGACUCGGGUCGAUGGGGUGAAGUUAGAUACUCCAUUUAUGGCUCUGGAGCUGACCUGUUCCUGAUCCAGCCGGCAUCGGGCAUCAUCUACACCCAGCCGUGGGCCAGCCUGGACGCGGAGCUGCGCUCCAAGUACAACUUCUACGUGAAGGCGGAGGACACGGAGGGGAAGUACAGCCUGGCGGAGGUGUUCGUCACCGUGCUGGACCUCAACGACCACUCGCCCGCCUUCAACCAGAACCUGCUUGAGAAGACCAUGGUGAUCGGAGCUCCCGUGAUGAUACAGGCCGUGGACGAGGACGCGGAGGAGCCCAACAACGUCAUCGAGUACUCCAUCAUGAAGGCGGACCCCGACAACAUCUUCGACAUCAACACGUCCACGGGGGAGAUCGUCCUCAAGUCCUACGUCAAGUCCAUGGCCAUCGUCCAGAACAUCACCAAGCAGAAGGAGUGCAUCUGGUCUGUGGUGGUGCAGGCCCGCGACCAGGGCCAGCCCUCCUUCAGCACCACCGCCGUCCUGAAGAUCGACAUCACCGAAGCCACCCAACUGGGGGGUGGGCCUCUGUCUACGUUUUUAAUGCAGAGUAGAGACAAACCGUUGCAAAUCCUGGCCAUGCUGGCCGGGGUGAUUGGCACGAUGGUCGUAGUCACGGUGACCAUCUCCACCGCCACCUUCAUGCGUAACAAAAGGUCCAACCGCGUGCUUCCCCACCGCCGGGUCAGGCGCCGGCCGCAGAAGCCCAGCCAGGGCUGGUCCACCUGGACCCUCCCCCGGCCCUUCGGCCGGGGGUGGGGGCGGGGGGGCGGGGGCGACCCGGCGGACAAGCCUCUACCGCUGGCCCAUCCGCCGCCCCCGUGCGCCCCGGCGCUGCCCCCGCCCGCCUCACAGUACCACUGGGCAGUGCCCACCGUGUCCGGGGGGGUGGCGGUGGCGGCCAAGGCCAAGAGGAAACAGAGGAGCAAAGAGGACCUGAUGAACAAGGCGCUGGUGUCUGAGCUCAAGAUGAGGCUGGAGCAGAAGAGACUGCAGAACCAAUACUAGCGACCGGGGGACACUGUGUGUGUGUGUGUGUGUGUGUGUGUGUGUGUGUGUGUGUGUGUGUGUGUGUGUGUGUGUGUGUGUGUGUGUGUGUGUGUGUGUGUGUGUGUGUGUGUGUGUGUGUGUGUGUGUGUGUG